UGAUGUCACGAGGGGACCACGCCCAUCUUCAAAGAUGUCUACAUGUAAUCUUGAUAGACCUCAAUUUGCACAUUCUUCGAUUUCCUUGAGGAAGCCAUACGUAUUAUCGACUCCUGAAAUUGUUCCAUCCAUUUGUGUCCCAGCACCUAUUAAUCAAUACCUUCGUGAAUAUCAGCGGGAUGGAAUUAAAUUUUUAUAUAGUCAGUACAGCAAAGGAGUUGGUGGACUAUUAUGUGAUGACAUGGGCCUUGGGAAAACGGUCCAGGUUAUUGCAUUUAUAUGUGCUAUUCUAUGUAAAACUUGUACUAAGAUCGAUGUAUUUUUAACAGGACCAAAGCUGGUUGUCAGCAAAAGUGCUGUUUUAGUGAUCUGUCCUUGCUCAGUAAUAUAUAAUUGGGUUUCUGAAAUUGAAACUUGGAGUCACCUUAAAACUGGAGUUUACCACCGAAACAAGAAAGAUGAAAUACUUGAUAAAGUUUCUCGUGGUCGGUUAGAUGUUGUAUUAACUACAUUAGAAACAGCCAAAUUGAAAGUAGAAGAGCUUAACUCUAUUCCUUGGUUGGCAGUUUUUGUGGAUGAAGUUCAUGCUCUAAAGAAUCCUAAAAGUCAAGUGACUGAGGCAUUAUUACAGCUAAAAUGUCAGAUAAGAUUUGGAUUGACUGGGACUGCUUUGCAAAACAGGUUGAGUGAAUUAUGGUGUAUAUUAAACUGGAUACAUCCUGGUUGCCUUGGAGCAUGGCAUGAAUUUCAGUUUAUUUAUGAACGCCCUCUUCUUCAAGGGCAAAAAUUUGACUGUACUAGAAGGGAACUUGCAACUGCUAAAGAAAAACAGCAACAACUCUCACAGUUGCUGAGUGAUUGGAUGAUAAGAAGGACGAAAGAACUAAUUGCAGAUCAACUUCCUAAAAAAGAGGAAUUUGUCGUUUUUUGUCCAGUUACAAAGCUACAAGGGAACAUUUAUUCAACCAUUCUAGAAACUGAUGAGAUGGUGAACUUUGUUGAAGCACAUCAACCCUGUUGGUGUAAUAGUGGAUUAUCUAAGUUAAAUUGUUGUGACAAACAUUGCAGUAGUGGAUUGUUAUCUGUUCAAGGCAUUUACCUGUCUUUGUUACUGAAAUGCUCUAAUCACAUUGGUUUACUCCUCCCAUCAUUCUUUGCCUCCGAUAAACAAAAUGAGAAAGCGUAUCAGAUAUGUAAACAAGUGUUUUCUCAUUAUCCUGAAUUUCUUGAGAUGUCAAUUGAUGCUUCUUUCUUAACUUUGGCAGACCCUACUUAUUGUGGGAAGAUGCAAAUAUUGUCGAAGCUUCUCAGUCACUUUCAUCUGGAGUCAUCUAAAGUAAUAAUAUUUUCUGAGUCUGUACGGUUACUUAAUAUUUUGGAGAAUUAUAUGGUCUGCAGAAGCUAUACUUAUUGUCGAUUGGAUGGCAGUAUGAGAGUAGAAGACAGAGGUGCAGUUGUCAGUAAAUUCAAUUCUGAUCCUUCUCUAUUUGUUUUUCUCAUUUCAAAAAAGUGUGGUGGAGUUGGUUUAAAUAUUACUGGUGCCAAUCGUGUUAUCAUAUUUGAUCCAAGUUGGAAUCCAGCUAAUGAUCUGCAAGCAGAAGAUAGAGCUUUUCGUAUUGGUCAGCGGCAAAACGUUGAAGUUUAUAGGCUGAUUAGUGAGGGUACUAUUGAAGAAAUUUUGUACCUCAGACAAAUUUAUAAACAGCAACUGGCCAAUACAGCCAUUGAAGGUAGCAAUGAACGAAGAUAUUUUACUGGAGUUGAUGGAGAUAGUGACAAUAAAGGAGAAAUUUUUGGCGUCUUAAAUUUAUUUCAACCAUUACGAAGUGGGGCAUCACUAACUGAGAAUGUAUUAAAGAGAUUUGAUCAAGGAAUGAAAAUGAGUAGUACGCAGUUCACUUACUGUGAUUUUCUUCAAGGUGUUAAAGUUUUAAUUCAUCAUGGUCAAAUAGUUGGUAACAGUCCUGCUGAGGAACAUAUAAGACACCAGGCAAUAUGCCACCUUGAUAACGACUCUCAAUUACCAGCCAACCUUUUAAAUAUUCAGGAGGAAAUAAAAGAAAGUAAAUGUAAGGAAUCGACGAAGGAAACUCUUGAAAAAUCAGAACCAUCAAAAUAUGAACCUGUGCUAACAAGGGGGCCCAAGAAAAUAAAGAUAAAUGACUUGUUUGAUUUUGAUGAAGCGGUGGAAGUUUCUGGUCACUGUGGUCAGUCUGAAUCAUUUCAUUCAAAAUUAAUGUCAAAUACCACUGAAAAGAGCAUUCUUUCCCUUGACAAUUUGUUUGACCUUUAAAAAUCAAUUUCAUUUAUUUUACCGAUCAUUAUUGUACCAACUACUACACUUAUAUUUUCUGUUUCAAAUUUCUUGUCAGCUCGUAAUUUUUCAUUUCAGUCUAUUAAGUAUAAUAACCU